AAUCAAUGCCCUUUCAUAUGCUUUCAAAAACCCUAAAACAACAACAAUCAAAACCCUAAUCCCAAUUUUCACAAUUUCAACAAUGGCUUCUUCAUCAUCGUCAUGGUCAUGUUCAAGAUGCACAUUCAUUAACACAAAUUCCACAACACCCAAUUGCAAGAUCUGCUCAUUCUCACAAACCCCGUCACCAUUACCACCAUCAAAUCAAGAAAAAUGGUCCUGUAAAGCUUGCACCUUUUUGAACCCAUACAAACUAUCAAGUUGUGAAAUUUGUGGGACUAGAAAUUCACCUUUUUCCUCUUCUUCAAGUUUAGGGCUUGAGGAUCAAGAACUGGAGGUGGGUGGCUCUUCUUUUUCUUCUGAUGUUGGGAAUGUCUUCUUGCCUUUGUUACAAAAGUGUAGUAAUAAGAGGAAGUUUAUGGCUGAUAAGGUUGAUGGUGAUUCUGUUGAUCUUGGGUUGAAAUCUGCUGAUAAAAAGGUGGUUGAUUUAGAUGAAAAGACUCAGCCUAAAGACGAUUUGAGGAUGUUAAAGAUUUUGAGUUACAAUGUUUGGUUUGCAGAAGAUAUCGAGCUUCGUAUAAGAAUGAGAGCCAUAGGUGACAUUAUUCAAUUGCAUGCCCCAGAUGUCAUAUGUUUGCAGGAGGUCACUCCCGAUAUCUAUGCCAUUCUUCAAAGAUCCAAUUGGUGGAAGUCGUAUAAAUGCUCACUUUCUUCUGAUAAGGCAGUCACCAGGCCAUACUAUUGCAUCCAGCUUAGCAAAUUGCCUGUGAAAUCAUUUAGCUGUAAGCAAUUUAGUUAUUCUGCAAUGGGAAGGGAGCUAUGUAUUGCAGAAGUAUCGGCUCAAGAUGAUACUUCUUUGGUGGUUGCUACAAGCCAUCUUGAGAGCCCAUGCCCUGGCCCGCCAAAAUGGGACCAAAUGUACAGUAAAGAACGUGUAAAACAAGCAAACGAAGCCGUUGAGUUUCUCAAGAAUAACCCAAAUGUAAUUUUCUGUGGUGAUAUGAAUUGGGAUGACAAGCUAGAUGGUGAGUUUCCACUUCCAAAUGGAUGGGUUGACGCCUGGACUGAACUGAAUCCAACUGAAAUUGGUUGGACUUAUGAUACAAAGGCAAACCCGAUGUUGUCUGCUAAUAGGAAACUGCAGAAACGCCUUGACCGAUUUUUGAUUAGUUUACGUGAUUUUAAAAUGGAAAGUAUUAACAUGGUUGGGACCAAACCUAUACCAGAAGUGACAUAUAUGAAGCAAAAGAAAGGAGGGAAAGAGUUGGAGCUGCCUGUUUUGCCCAGUGAUCACUUUGGGUUGCUGUUAACCAUGUCUGCACGGUAGCUUUGAUGGUGGUUGUUUUUCUGUUUUUAUAUCAUGGGUACGUAUGUUUGUGGAUCGUCUUCCGCUUCCACAUUUUCUGUGAAUCUUUUGUAUGAAUACUAGUGUGUACCCCAUGUUACUAGAAACAACUCUCUGUGUUUCCCUAUUGAUACCUAAUGAUCUCUUUUUAUAUAUUACUCGUAUUAUAUUAUUA